CUGAGCGGGGGUUGGGGACGGGCGCCGAGCCGAGGGGCGCGCCGAGGCCGAAGCGGAUGCGGCUAAGGGCGCCAGGGGCCCAGUUCCGGGAGCCUUGUGAGCAGACUCUUGGGGCGUAUCCAUGUCGGUCUUUGGCGGAUAGACAGAUUGGUAACCCAGACGAGAGUUAGAGAGUUUCCUGAUAACUCUGCUGCUAAAAACAGGCAAAGCAGCUACUUGGUUCCGUCAGCAACCCAGUGCUGACCUCCCGCUCGUGCCAAGCUGUGAGCUUGGUACUGUGAGGUCCUCUACAGGCAAAUAAGACCCGGUCCCCGCCUUCAGAAGAGAGCACAGUCUGUCGAGGGGGUUUCUGCUAUCUAAACCGGCAUGGAUCUGCCUGUGGAUGAGUGGAAAUCAUACCUACUUGAGAAGUGGUCUUUACUCCCGACAUCCAUUCAGCUCACGAUUUCUACAGCAGAGACUUUGAGUGAUAUCUUUCUUCAGUCCUCUUCGCUUCUUCUACCUGAGGAUGAGAUGUUUUUAAAAAGACUUUCUAGAGGUUACUUGGUGGGAAAGGACCCCGAAGCUCCCCUUUUCUACAGAGAAGAAGGAAACAAAAAAUUUCAAGAGAAAGAUUAUACAGGAGCUGCUGUGCUGUAUUCUAAGGGAGUAUCACAUUCAAGGCCUAACACUGAGGACAUUGCAUUGUGUUAUGCUAAUCGCUCUGCAGCCCUCUUCCACCUGGGUCAGUAUGAGAUAUGUCUUAAAGAUAUUAUCAGAGCACAGACGCAUGGGUAUCCAGAAAGAUUACAACCCAAGAUAAUAUUGCGUAAGGCAGAAUGUCUGGUGACCCUGGGGAGACUACAGGAGGCAAGCCAGACCAUCAAGGAUCUUGAAAGUAACUUCACUGCCAAACCAGCCCUAGCAGAUUCUCCCUUUCAAAUUCUACAGAGGAACCUCCAUCAUCUGAAAAUGAAGAUACAAGAAAAGAAGAAUCUCACAGAAACUUUCCCAGCAGCUCUAGCCAAAGCCUUUGAGGACAUGGACCUAAGGGAUGAGAAUGAACAAAUUUCCAGUGCAUCAUCAUCUGUCAGCUUAUGCACCGACCCUUUAAAAGGCCGCUAUCUGGUUGCCACAAAAGAUAUUCUCCCAGGAGAGCUCCUGGUAAAGGAGGCUGCUUUUGUGAGUGUCCUUACCCCGGGAGAAAUGCAACCACUGCAUCAGCCCUUAGACAGCAAGUGGAGUACCAGAGUUACCAAUGGGGACCUCUACUGUCACCGAUGUUUGAAGCACACUUUGGCCACAGUUCCUUGUGAUGGAUGCAGCUAUGCCAAGUAUUGCAGCCAAGAGUGUAUGCAGCAGGCCUGGGAGCUCUACCAUAGUAUAGAGUGUUCUCUAGGGGGGCUGCUUCUCACACUGGGUGUCUUUUGCCACAUUGCCCUAAGAUUGACUCUUUUAGCUAGAUUUGAGGAUGUAGGUGAAAUCAUAAGGAAGCUCUGUGAUGAGACUAGUUGCAAGGAUAUCUGUUUACCUGAAAACAAGAAUAUGGUCAAGACACUUAAAUAUUAUGGCCAGGGAGAGAGUGAGGAAAAUGGCAAAAUAGUUCAGCCCCCAAUUCCUGGAUGUGAUGUUAAUGGGAAGUAUGAAAACAAUUACUAUGCUGUCUUCAACCUUUUGCCCCAUACUGAAAACCAUAGCCCAGAGUACAAAUUCCUCUGUGCUCUUAGUGUUUCUGCACUGUGCAGACAGCUAGAAGCAGCCAAUUUACAGGCACUCACAACAGGUCUGAAAUCCUCUAAGCUGAAAGCAGCGGUGACUCCUGAGUUCUGUCCAGAUUUGGAUAUUUGGGGAGUGGCCAUGCUGCGACACAUGUUACAGCUGCAAUGUAAUGCCCAGGCGAUAACUACCAUACAGCAGACAGGAUCUAAAGAGAACAUCAUUACUGACAGCAGGCAGGUGCGCCUUGCCACAGGCGUCUUCCCUGUGGUCAGCCUCCUGAACCACUCCUGCAGCCCCAACACCAGCGUGUCCUUCAUUAGCACUGUCGCCACCAUUCGGGCAUCACAGCAGAUCAGAAAAGGGCAAGAGAUUCUCCACUGCUAUGGGCCUCAUGAGAGCCGGAUGGGUGUCGCUGAAAGGCAACAGAAGCUGAGGUCUCAGUAUUUCUUUGACUGCACCUGUCCAGCUUGCCAAACUGAGGCACACAGAAUGGCUUCAGGGCCCAGGUGGGAAGCAUUCUGUUGUAACAGUUGCAGAGCACCCAUGCAGGGAGAUGACGUGCUGAGCUGUGGCAACAGAUCUUGCCCAGAAUCCAUCAGCAGGGACCACCUCGUUUCUCGGUUACAAGACCUUCGGCAGCAGGUUGAGAUGGCCCAGAAGCUUCUCAGAAAUGAUAAACUAGAGCAAGCCAUUGGGCGGUUGUUGGGGUGCCGGCACGAUGCUGAGAGCUUCCUGUCGGCAGAACACACCAUGGUAGGAGAAAUUGAGGAUGGCCUGGCCCAGGCCUAUGCUGCCUUAGGGGAUUGGCAGAAGUCAGCUACCCAUCUACAGAAGAGUCUCCAGGUGGUUGAGGUUCGCCACGGGCCAUGCAGUGUUGAAAUGGGCCAUGAGCUUUUCAAACUGGCCCAGAUCUUUUUCAGUGGGUUUGCAAUACCUGAAGCUCUGAACACAAUACAAAAGGCAGAAAAGGUUCUCUCGGUGCACUAUGGCCCUUGGCAUGAUGAUAUCCAGGAGCUCCGAAAGAUGAAAUCGUGUUUAUUGGACUUGCCACCCAUCCCUGUGGGACCUUCAAUGUAGGAUCCCAAGGGGACUUCACCAGGAGAGAAGCCCACAGAAGAUAAGUUAAAGGGGUUCUGUCACUGCUGAGCUGUCGUCAGGAAAGACAGGACUUUCCUGACAGUCCCAAGCCUAGUGUAUGAGGGGCAGGAGGAGUCCAAAAGCAUUGCAGUUGGAGAGAGACACUCACCUAUUUUGAUGACUGUUUCCUGCAGUAGUUAACUAUCCUCCAAUAAAAACUCCCAGUUCCCAGAAAAGACUUAAAACUAGUAUCUGGAGAGUGCAAGUCCUUUAAAAGGGUUUUAGCUGAUCUGCAGGCAUCUGGAUGUUAGCCUGGGGUUUUGGCGAGAUUCCACCUCACUAAAUGAUGAGAGUCUGUUUCCCUGGAACAUUCCUAUGGUUUCUAGCAGUAAUGAAAUGUUGUGCACCACUCCAGUGGGAACUUAAACUCUUAGUAGUUGUGCUGUAAUUGAAAAAUAAUUAUAAAGCAAGAAAUCAGUAAGGCUGCUUACCUCUGGAGACACACAAUUCCACUUACGGUAUCUGGCUUCUGCACAUCGUUCGUUAAAACUGGUGGAAUAUGAAUUGUGAAUUGGGAAAUAAAUAUGGAGCCAUUUUAUUGUUGAGCAGUUUCUUCCUGGGAUAACAACUCUAAAUUUGUUUUCUACCAGUUUUCCAGUCCUUAUUCUCUGGCUUUCAUUCCAUACUUUUGGCAGACUCACUGACCAAACGCUACUAAUAAAAUCAAACUUGUAGUAAUGACUUUAUAA